AUGAUUAGUAAAAUUAUGAAAUAUGUAACAAGCGAAUGGCCAAAUGUGAAAGAUUUAACAGAAAUCGAAAAAUGCUACUUUACGAAAAGAAUGGAACUUACAAUUGAAAAAGGAUGUUUAUUUUGGGGAUUGAGAGCGGUCAUCCCAACAGAAAUGCGAUCGUUAAUUUUGAACGAACUACAUGCAACGCACCUAGGUAUAGUUAAAAUUAAAAUGUUUGCGCGUUCAUAUGUUUGGUGGCCAAAUAUCGAUACGGACAUAGAAACGCGAGUAAAAGAAUGUAAAAUUUGCCUAGUAGAGCAGAAGAAACCACCAAACACACCAUUAACAACCUGGCCCUGGCCAAUGAAAACGUGGAACCGCAUUCACUGUGAUUUUGCAGGACCAUUCUACGGGAACAUGUACUUAAUUGUAAUUGAUGCACAUUCAAAAUGGCCUGAAGUAAUAAACUUCAACAACAAUACAAAAACAUGUAAGUUGAUAGAAGUUUUCGAGGACCUGUUCGCGCGUUUCGGGAUACCACUACAUUGCGUAACAGACGGGGGUCCACAAUUCAGAAGUGUCGAGUUUCACGACUUUCUAGUAAAAAUAGGAGUAAAACAUACUUACUCGCCGCUGUACCAUCCCGCGACAAACGGGGCUGCGGAGAAUUUUGUACAAACAUUUAAGGACAAAGUUAAAAAAAUUGUCCAGGGGGGAAAGAGGGUGAGUACGGCUAUAAAUAUGUUCCUGUAUGAUUAUCGCAGCAUAGAACAUUGCACUACGGGAAGAAGCCCGGCGUAUUCGAUGUACAAGCGCGAAUUGAGAACACGUUUUGAUUUGCUCAGAUCAAAUAUAGAUGAUACAGUCGAGGGAAAGCAGCGUGCACAAAUAUUGAAUAGACCAGGUAAGCGUCAAGUACAAUUCGAAUCAGGCGACGAUGUAAUGAUCAACGACUAUGGGCCGAGAUCGAAUAAGAGAAUUGCGGGUAAAAUAGUAAGGCAAGCGUCGCCAUCGACAUACAUUGUACAAACGGAAAACGAUGCGAUAAAGAAACGGCACGUAGACCAGAUCGUGCCAGCAAAGACAAAUAGUAGCAACUUGCGUCGCUCUCCGCGCUUUAAGUAA